UCCAAGGACAUUAUUGAAGGCGAUCCCUUCACUAACCUUGUGUAUUUCGCCGCCUAGUCUUGUGGUGAAGAGAUAUUUACAAUGGCUGAGGUUGACUCUCGUCAAAUAGCCAUUUUAGAAACUGUUGAGGAUAUCCAAAACCGUCGUGAACAGGUUUUGCGGCGCUAUGCAGAGUUUAAAGAAGCAACUCGGCUCCGGCGUCAGCGUUUGGAAGAUGCCAAACGCUACCAUCAAUUCAAGCGCGAUGCUGAUGAAGUGGAAGCGUGGAUCAAUGAAAAACUUCAAAUUGCUUGCGAUGAAAACUACAGAGACCCAACAAACCUUCAGGGUAAACUCCAGAAACAUCAGGCCUUUGAAGCAGAGAUUUCAGCUCACAGCAAUGCGAUUGUUGAACUCCAAGAGAAUGGUGAAGGCAUGAUAAGUGAGUCCCACUAUGCCUCUGAACUUAUUAGGGAACGUCUUGAUUCACUCAUCAAGUUAUGGGAAUUGCUGCUUUCCAAAUCAGCAGAGAAAGGCCGCAUGCUUCUCUUUACUCAGAAAAGAGUCCACUUUCUGCAUGAAACGGAAGAAGUUAUGUCAUGGAUUUUAGAAAAAGAAGCAAUUGCCACUUCUGAAGAAGUAGGAAGAGACUUGGAACAUGUGGAAGUUCUUCAGAAGAAAUUUGAUGACUUCCUGAAGGAUAUGCAGGCUAAUGAGUCAAGGGUGACAUACAUCAAUGAGCUCGCGCAUCAACUUGGUGAUGAGGGUCAUCCAGAUAUAGAACUGAUCAGUACAAAGCAGGCGGAAGUCAAUGAAGCGUGGGAAAGACUGAAGAUGCUGGCACUUAAACGUCAGAAGAGACUGGCUGGUGCCCAGCAGAUUCACAGCUUCUAUCGUGAUGCUGAUGAGACCAAGAACUGGAUAAAUGAAAAAGACAAAGUUUUGUCAUCAGAUGAUUAUGGAAAAGAUCUGGCCAGUGUUAAUGCUCUGUUACGCAAACAUGAAGCUAUUGAAAGAGAUUUGGCUGCAGUGGAAGACAAGGUCACAGCCCUUGGUUCAGAAUCUGCACAGCUGCAAGAGGCACAUCCAGAAAGUGCAGAUGAGAUAGCUGCCAAGCAAGAUGAAAUUGUAACUGCAUGGGGAAAUCUCAAGGAGAAGUCCGGGGUUCGAAAAGCAAGGUUGGAGGAUUCUUAUCGCCUGCAAAGGUUCAUCAGUGACUACAGGGACCACAUUUCUUUUAUCAAUGAAAUGAAAGUCUUGAUUCAAAGUGAUGAACUAGCAAAAGAUGUAGCCAGUGCAGAAAGUCUCCUGGAACGUCAUCAGGAACACAAGGGUUACAUUGAUGCAUCUGAGGAUGGGUUCAAGAAGUUUGCUGAUGAUGGAGAAGAACUUGUCAAUUCCAAUCAUUAUGCUAGCGAUGAGAUCAAAGAAAAGCUUACCAGCCUGGAGACUGAAAAAAUGGAACUGUUGGAGCUGUGGGAGAGGAGACGUGUACAGUUUGAGCAGUGUAUGGAACUGCAGCUUUUUAAUCGGGAUUGUGAGCAUGCAGAUGCCACUAUGUCUAAACAAGAGGCAUUCCUUGCUGAUGAUAACCUUGGGGAUUCCCUAGAUGGAGUAGAAGCACUGAUCAGGAAGCACGAAGACUUCGACAAGUCUUUUGCUGCCCAAGCAGAGAAGAUUAAUAGUAUUGAUGAGUAUGCAAACCGCCUCAUUGACAGCAAUCACUAUGCAUCAGAUGAAGUGCGUGACAGAAGGGAUGCUAUAGUGGAAAGGCGUAAAAACAUUAUGGAGUUGUCUAAGGCACGCAGGCUGAAACUUGAGGAAUCCCGUAAACUGCAGCAAUUUGAAAGAGACUGUGACGAAGUCAAGAGCUGGAUUACUGAAAAGCUGAAGAUUGCUAAGGAUGAAUCUUACAAGGAUCCAACCAAUCUACAAGGAAAAAUCCAGAAGCACCAAGCAUUUGAGGCAGAGUUGAAUGCCAAUCAAAGUCGGCUUGAUGCUGUUGACAACACUGGUGAACAGUUAAUUGGAGAUGAACAUUAUGCCUCAGAUCAGAUCAGAGAGAGACUUGAUGAACUGCACAAGUUGUGGACCUAUCUGUUUGAGAGAUCAAAUGAUAAAGGGCUGAAAUUGAAGGAAGCAGCACAGCAGCAACAGUUUAAUCGUUGCCCUCCUGCUGAAAACAUUAAUGAUACCCCUGAUAGCUACUCUGAGAAAUUUCUUGAAAAGAUCGAAGUUGUAAAUGCGCAAGCUGAUGUAUUUGCGGCAGCUGACCACUUUGAUGCUCCCACCAUCAAAGAAAAGAAAGAGAUUUUAAAUAACCGAUACCAGCAGCUACAGGCUCCCCUUCUAGCUCGCAAAGCAAAGCUGCAGGAUGCUGAGAGACUAAAACGAUUCCUUCAUGAUGUUGAAGAUGAAGAGGCAUGGAUCAGGGAGAAGGAACCUAUCGCUUCAUCUACAAACACUGGCCGAGAUUUGACAGGAGCCCAGAAUCUGUCAAAGAAACACCAGGCUUUGAUGACUGAAAUUGCUGGUCAUGAACCACGUGUCAGAGCUGUUUGUGAUAAUGGUGUACAAAUGAUAGAUAAUGGCCAUUUUGCAGCUGAGGAGAUCAAAGAGAAGAUUGAUGAUCUUGACCAGAAAUGGCUGGACUUCAAGGAUAAGGCACAUGUCAGAAAAGGACACCUGGAUGACUCUCUUCAAGCUCAUCAGUAUCUUGCCGAUGUUGCCGAAGCUGAAUCCUGGUUAAAGGAGAAAGAACCAAUUGUCACCAGUGAUGACUACGGAAAAGAUGAAGACAGUGCACAAGCAUUGCUUACCAAACAUGAUGCCAUCAUGUCAGACUUAAGAGCAUAUGUAACAGUUAUAGAUGGGCUGAGGGAACAAAGUCAAAACUGCAAGGUAAGAUUUAUACUUGUACUAACAAAUUGUGUUUAUCUUGUGGAAAGNGGAGCCCAGAAUCUGUCAAAGAAACACCAGGCUUUGAUGACUGAAAUUGCUGGUCAUGAACCACGUGUCAGAGCUGUUUGUGAUAAUGGUGUACAAAUGAUAGAUAAUGGCCAUUUUGCAGCUGAGGAGAUCAAAGAGAAGAUUGAUGAUCUUGACCAGAAAUGGCUGGACUUCAAGGAUAAGGCACAUGUCAGAAAAGGACACCUGGAUGACUCUCUUCAAGCUCAUCAGUAUCUUGCCGAUGUUGCCGAAGCUGAAUCCUGGUUAAAGGAGAAAGAACCAAUUGUCACCAGUGAUGACUACGGAAAAGAUGAAGACAGUGCACAAGCAUUGCUUACCAAACAUGAUGCCAUCAUGUCAGACUUAAGAGCAUAUGUAACAGUUAUAGAUGGGCUGAGGGAACAAAGUCAAAACUGCAAGCCCUCUGCUCAUGUCACAGAUAUCUCUGACAAGGAAUGUGUAGUUGCUCUUUAUGACUAUCAGGAAAAAACAGCAAGAGAGGUGUCAAUGCAGAAGGGUGAUAUUCUAACCCUGCUCAAUUCUAGCAACAAGGAUUGGUGGAAAGUUGAAACUAAUGACAGACAAGGCUUUGUUCCUGCGGCAUAUGUCAAGAGGAUUGACUCCCACAAAGCCUCCCAGGAGCUUUUGUCGCAGGCUCCUGAAGUGGACACCGUUGCUAAUAGACAGCAGGCUUUGGAUGAUAAAUAUCAAGAUCUGAUGGACAAAGGUGAGGAGCGUAAGAGGAAGCUGGAAGAUUCCAUUCAAAGAUACAGUGUGUUGCGGGAUGCUCACGAACUAGAGUCUUGGAUCAAUGACAAGGAAGCAAUUGUCACCUCCGAGGAAGUCGGAAAGGACUACGAACAUGUGGAAGCACAGCAAAAGAAGUUUGAUGACUUUGAAAAGGAUAUGAUUUCCAAAGAAGUUCGUAUCAGAGAACUGACGUUGCUGGCAGAGAAACUGAAAGUUGAACACUACACAGAAUAUGAAAUGAUCCGAGAGAUGAUUGAGAGGCUGAACCAGAAAUGGACCAAUCUUAAGAUCAUGUCAGAGCAGAGGAAGGAAAACUUGGACAAUGCUCAGGAAAUUCAGAAAUUCCACAGAGAUGCUGAUGACACCAAGGCUUGGAUUUCAGAGAAAGACACUGCUCUUUCCACCUCAGAUUAUGGUCGGGAUUUGGCUAGUGUCCAAGCCUUGCAGAGAAAGCACGAAGUUUUGGAGAGAGACUUGGCCGCAUUGGAAGAGAAGGUCCGUGAACUGAACGUGGAAGCUGCGAAGUUAACAUCCAGUCAUCCUAAUGCAGCACAGGACAUUGAAUGGAAGCGACACGAGUUAGAAGAAGCUUGGGCUAAUCUCAGAGAACAGGCGGCUGCUAGAAGGGGCAAACUCAGUGACUCCUCUGAUUACUUCCAUUUCCUCAACGAAUUCAGAGAUCUCACUUCAUGGAUCAACGGUAUCAUGGCACUGGUAACGUCUGAUGAACUUGCAAAGGAUGUGGCCAGCGCUGAAGCUCUGCUGGACAGGCAUCAGGAACACCGAGCAGAAAUUGACGCACGUGACAGUGAGUUCCAGUCGUUUGAAGAUUUCGGCAAGAAAUUGUUGGACAAAGAACAUUAUGCUAGUCCCGACAUCCGUGAAAAACUGGAGACCAUGGCUACAGAACGAGAAGAACUGGAAAAAGCUUGGGCUUCUCGAAAGCAGCGACUUGAUGAAUGUUUGGAGUUGCAGUUAUUCAAUCGAGAUGCCGAACAACUGGAGCAGUGGAUGGCGACACGCGAGGCCAUCAUUCAGAGCGAAGAUGUGGGAGAAGCAGCGGAGGGUGCUGAAGCUCUCAUCAAGAAACAUGAAGACUUCACGAAGACACUUGCAGUGCAGGACGUGAAAAUCAGUGCUCUGAAGGACAAUGCUGAUCGGCUGAUUGAUAACAGUCAUUAUGACUCUCCAGCUAUUGCUGAGAGGAUUGCGGCAGUCUUAGCAAGGUGGGCUACUCUGAAGGCAGCCUUGGUUGAGCGCCGAUCAAAACUGGGUGAGUCCAAAACCAUUCAGCAGUUUAGUCGUGAUGCUGAGGACAUUGAAGCAUGGGUCAGUGAAAAGCUUCAGACAGUGCUAGAUGACUCUUAUAAGGAUCCAACCAACUUACAGUCCAAGUUCCAAAAACAUCAGGCGUUUGAAGCUGAAGUCUCAGCCAAUCAGGAGAGAGUUUUGGAGACCAUCAACCUAGCUGAAGGUCUCAUUGAGCAGCGCAAGUGUGCCGGAAGCGAGGAGAUUGUGAAAGAGAGAAUCACCAAACUUCAGCAGCAGUGGGAAUACCUGGUGCAGAAGUCAAAUGAAAAGAGUCAACAUCUGAAGGAAUCUAAUCAACAACAGCAGUUUAAUACAAAUGUUAAGGAACUGGAUUUCUGGUUGGGAGAGGUUGAAGCUUCCCUGUCUCACGAUGAUUAUGGUCGUGACUUGGCCAGUGUCCAGAAUCUGAUCAAGAAGCAUCAACUUGUUGAAGCAGAUAUUGCUGCUCAUGAGGAUCGUAUUACUGAUCUGCAAGCCCAGACCCAGCACUUCGCUGAAGUUGGCCAUUUCGAUGCAGACUCUCUGCAAGACAAAUCCCGCAUUAUUGCCGAACGUUAUGACAAAGUAAAGGACAUGGCUGCGGAUCGCCACAAGAUGUUGGACGAGUCCAACGCUUUGCACCAGUUUUACCGAGAUGUGGACGACGAGGAGUCCUGGGUCAAGGAGAAAAAGCUAUUGACAAGCUCUGAGGAUUAUGGAAAGGACUUGACUGGAGUGCAAAACCUGCGUAAGAAACAUCAGCGUUUGGAAGCUGAACUGAACACUCAUGAGGCCAGAAUACAGGCUGUACUGCUGUGUGGCCGUAAAUUUAUUGACGAAGGACACAGUAGCUCUGAUGAAAUCAAGGUUCGCUGUGAUCAGCUGCAGGAAAACUGGGACGAACUGAAAAACCUGGCAGAGCAGAGGCAGCACAAGCUAGAUGAGUCUCUAGAAUAUCAACAGUUCAGCGCUAAUGUCGGUGAAGAAGAAUCGUGGAUCAAUGAGAAGAACACUCUUGUUGGAAGUGACGACUAUGGUGAUACACUGGCUGCAGUCCAAGGUCUGUUAAAGAAGCACGAAGCUUUUGAGACAGAUCUGGAGGUUCAUCGGGAAAGAGUUCAGGACAUUGAAGAGGCAGGCAACAAGCUCAUUGAAAAGGGAAACCACCAAUCGGAGUUAAUUGAACACAGGAUUGCAUCCAUUAAGAGUAAACUUGCCGAGUUGGAGAGAAUGGCUUCCUAUCGCAAGUCCAAGUUGAACGACAACUCAGCUUUCCUGCAGUUCAACUGGAAGGCCGAUGUGGUGGAAUCCUGGAUUGGCGACAAAGAAGGAAUUGCUCGAUCUGAUGAACUGGGGCGCGAUUUGUCUUCAGUUCAAACUCUCUUCACCAAACAGGAAACCUUUGAUUCGGGUCUCCAAGCGUUUGAAAACGAAGGCAUUGCACGUGUGACUGUGCUGAAAGAUGAGCUUGUCCAAUCACAACACGAGCAGUCACCUGCCAUCAUUAAGCGUCAUGAUGACCUUAUUAGGAGGUGGGAGCAGCUAUUGGAAGACUCCAGGACUCGAAAAGAACGACUUCAGCAUGCCCAGGAUCAGUACAAGAAGGUGGAGGACUUGUUCCUGUUGUUUGCGAAGAAAGCAUCUGCUUUUAACAGUUGGUUCGAGAAUGCGGAGGAAGAUCUGACUGAUCCAGUGCGGUGUAACUCUGUUGAGGAGAUACGCGCCUUGCAAGAUGGCCACACCCAGUUCCGCGCGUCUCUGGACCAAGCCGAAGACGACAUCAUGAUGUUGAGGAAGCUUGAUCGUCAGAUCAAGAGCUAUAAUGUCUCCAUCAACCCUUACACUUGGUUUACUAUGGAAGCAUUGGAAGACACCUGGGAGAAUCUACAGAAGAUCAUCGAGGAACGCGAGGAUGAUUUGCGUAAAGAAGCCCAGCGCCAAGAGUACAACGACAACCUCAGACAGGAAUUUGCACAGGCUGCCAACUCUUUCCACGCUUGGCUCUCAGAUACAAGGGUUGCAAUGGUCGACGGUCAAGGGGACCUUGAAGAUCAACUGGCCGAGGUUAAGAAGAAGAGUGCUGAGAUAGCAGACAGGAAAGAGGACCUUAGGAUCCUGGAGGAUCUUGGGGCUCAAAUGGAAGAGGCUCUUAUCCUAGACAACAAGUAUACUGAGCACAGUACAGUGGACCUUGCUCAGCAGUGGGAUCAGCUGGAUCAACUUGCCAUGCGCAUGAAACACAAUCUGGAACAACAGAUCCAGGCCCGCAAUACCACUGGCGUUUCCGAAGAUACACUCAAAGAAUUCACCAUCAUGUUCAAGCACUUUGACAAGGACAAGACUGGUUACCUGGAUCAUCAAGAAUUCAAGUCGUGCCUGCGUUCUCUUGGCUACGAUCUGUCCAUUGUGGAGGAAGGUGAAGAAGAUCCCGAGUUCCAAAGCAUCCUCCGAACGGUGGAUCCCAACGGUGACGGUGUGGUUUCGAUGGGAGAGUACAUGGCCUUCAUGAUCAGCCGUGAGACAGAAAAUGUCGGCUCAAGCCAGGAAGUCAUCAACGCCUUUAAGGCGCUCACUGAUGGUGGCAAACGUCUCUAUGUUACUGAAGCUGAGCUCUAUCAGUCUCUCACCAAGGAGCAGGCCGACUUCUGUAUUGAUCGAAUGAAUCCGUACGUCGACGACAAGGGCCGAGAAGUUCCGGGAGCUUACGACUACAAGACGUUCUGCGAGGAACUCUUCUCUUCUAGCUAAAUUAGUCAGUCCGGCAUAAAUUUACAAUACUUGUGGUAUGUUCCUUUUUUCUGAAGAAAUGAAACACCUCACGGUUAAAUGUAACUGGAAGGAGAUAGUACCCUAGCAGCUCGCUAUUUAGGUAUUAUGUGAAGCUAUCAUCAACAGACUAACUGAUCACGUAGUGUACAAGGGAAUUACCUUUGUAAUGUUUCUUCAGUACAUGAUUUUGUGUUUAGAGUGAUAAGUUGUUACUUAGGUAGGGAUAGCAGAAAAGUUCUGUUACAUUAGCAAACAAAAAUCUGGGCCAGUGCAUGUUAAAAACAUCGGAAGGAAAACCGUGUUCCUGAGCAGUGGUUCAUGUAUUGCCUAAUACCAUUUUAUGCCGUGGAGGUGUUUUGUUGCUGAAAUUUCAAACUACGUCCUAAUUUUAGUGUGUAACGGACUAUUGGUUAGUUGUCAUGUGACAUUAUCAGUUAGCGUUAAUGACUUAAAAUAAAAGGGAGUGAAGCAAUGA